AUGAAUUCUCUACCAAAUGGUUUAUUUGGCCAUCAGCAUGAACCUGAACGUUUCACUACUGCCAUUUCACAUAUUGAAAGCAAGGCGCUUGAUAUCAAAAUUUUAAACUUGUAUUUCCGGCCUGAUAUGUUGGAUAAAUUUUCAUCGCUUGCAAGUGCAAUGACUCAGUUGCAAUUUAUACUGAAAAAAUCUGCAUUGCCUACAGGAUUUGAAGAUUUUGGUUUCUUUCUGAGAACUCAUGUUUUAGUGCCUCAUUCUCUUUCUAACGAUGUGGAUCAUAAUUUGGAGGAAUGUACCUCAAAUCGCGUGCAUUUCUGGAAUCAUGAUGCAGCUCCCGACUAUCUGCGAACUAAAUUGACACCAGAAGUAGAAGCAGAUGAAGCUCAUAUUGACAAUGAAAAAAAUACUCGCACAUUUGAUCAGGUUAGUAUUAUUUCCUUUGCUGCCUUCUUGAUUCUCGCAUUUGCUUUUGCAUGUCAUUUACGGAAUUUUCUUCAACAACCUUACCUAUUUUUUAUUUGUCUUUAUUUUUGA